AUGGCCGGCGUGGUUGUCUUCUUCUUUCUCCACCGCAAGCGCCACCGCUAUUACUACCAGCACCACCACCAGGAGCAUGCCCAGCCCCUGCCUCCGUCCAAAACAGACAAAGUCCGACUAUUCCCGCCUAAUGCUGCUUCCUCUGACACCACCACCGCCGGUAAAAAACUACCCUCCCGGCCACCACCACCGCCGCCGCCGCCGAAGCUCUCCCGCCACACCGCCACCUCCUCAAGCACGGAGUUUCUCUACUUGGGUACGGUUGUGAGCUCCAGAGAAGUCAUUUAUGAGGAAAGUGAAACUCCCCAAAGCCCAAAGAGUAACAUUUCAGCUUCGCCUUCAUUGCACUACCAUCGGCUGGGCUCGCCUGAGCUGCAACCUCUGCCGCCGUUGCCACGUCAGCAUCAGUUCCAAGAAAACCACCAAGCCCCGGAGAUGAUUUCUGACGAUGAAGGAGAAGAAUACUUUUCUCCCAGAGGUUCCACUGGGGAAAAGAUCAGUCUUGAUGAGAGAAAUGAAGCACAAUCACAGAGGUCAUUUGAGGCAGAGGAAGAUGGCCGAAUUUCGAGCUCAAGUUCAUAUCAUUAUUCAAAUUCACAUUCUCUUGCUCAUUCUUCGUCGAGUAGUCCUUCAGUUGUGUUGAAUUUGAGCCCGAAAAGUAGUAUGAGAUCAGUAUCGCCGGACUCCGUAGCCAACUUUCCUGCUCGGCCUAUGUGUAUUCCUCCUCCGCCGGCCCGAGAACGGCCGGAAUUCCGAUCAUCUCCGCCAACUUCAGUGGACACCCGGAAUUCUCCCUCGCGGGUUUCAGAUUUUUCAGGGACGAAUUUGGAAUCUCCGUGUGAAAGUUUGAGCUUUUCUGGCCGGUUUGGGUAUGGUGUUGGUGUCGGUGGGCUAACUGGUUCACCCCCGCCGCCUCCGCCGCCACCGCCCCCGCCCAGAUUCUGGGAGACGCCGGAGUUGAGUAAAGGGCCACCGGUGUUGGUGGCACCUUCUAGGCCAGUUUUUGGGCAAACUGUGGAUAAUGGUUGUUCAAAUGGAGAAAAUGUGGAGGGAAGAAAUGUUAAGCCUAAAUUGAAACCCCUGCAUUGGGACAAAGUCAGAGCAAGUUCAGACAGAGCAAUGGUUUGGGAUCAGCUCAAAUCUAGUUCGUUUCAGUUGAACGAGGAAAUGAUUGAGACAUUAUUUACUGCCAAUUCUUCAAAUCCGAAUCCUAAAGAUAAUGUUAGGCGCCCUUUGGUGGCAACACAAAAUCAAGAAAACCAGGUUCUUGAUCCAAAGAAGUCACAGAACAUUGCCAUCUUGCUGAGGGCACUCAAUGUGACGGUGGAAGAAGUUUGUGAUGCACUUUCAGAAGGCAAUGCUGACAUGCUGGGAACAGAGUUGCUGGAGUGUUUACUGAAGAUGGCUCCUACUAAGGAGGAAGAAAGAAAAUUGAUGGAGUUCAAAGAUGAAACACCAUUCAAGCUCGGGCCUGCUGAGAAGUUUCUCAAAGCCGUGCUAUGUAUACCUGAUGCAUUCAGAAGGGUGGAUGCUAUGCUGUACAUUGUCAAUUUUGAUUCUGAAGUUGAGUACCUUAAUAGGUCAUUCGAGGCGCUAGAGGAAGCCUGCAAAGAACUGAGGAGCAGCAGAAUGUUCAUGAAGCUUCUUGAAGCCGUUCUAAAGACCGGAAAUCGCAUGAAUGUCGGCACUAAUCGUGGAGAUGCUCAUGCAUUUAAGCUUGACACACUUCUUAAGCUUGUAGAUGUCAAGGGCACGGAUGGUAGAACGAGCCUCCUGCAUUUUGUUGUACAGGAGAUUAUCAAAGCAGAAGGUUAUCGUCUUGCUGGUGCUAACAAUCAAACCUCUGAAACAGAGGACCAUCAACUUGCAUUACAGAAAGAAGUUGAACAUAGAAAGAUCGGUCUUCAAGUUGUAUCUGGCCUGAUUGGGGAGCUUAGCAAUGUUAAAAAAGCCGCUUCGAUGGACUCAGAUGCACUUCACCACGAUGUGGAGAAGCUAGCCAGUGGGAUUGACAAAGUGUCAGAGAUCUUGAAAUUGAAUGAAGAGCUUGAUUUAACCGACGCUAACAAAAAGUUUACUGAAUCCAUGGAAGGGUUUCUGCAGAAGGCGGAGGAAGCAAUCAUCGCUGUCCAAGCACAGGAACGUGUUGCGCUUUCCAUGGUCAGAGAGUUAACUGAGUAUUUCCAUGGGAAUUCAGCCAAGGAGGAGGCUCAUCCAUUCCGGAUAUUCAUGGUCGUAAAGGACUUUCUUUCCAUCCUUGAUCAGGUAUGCAAGGAUGUUGGAAAGAUGAAUGAGCGAACUUUAAUGAAUUCCAAUAGACCGUUUCAGACAACACUGAAUCCAAGCCAUCCCCAAGUUUUCCCAGGGUUGAAUGGAGGCCAGCAAAAUAGUUCAGAUGAUGACGAUGACCAUGUUGAUGAGCCGUCGCCAUGA